CCCGCGAGGCGCAUGCGCGGUGCGGGACCCGCCGCCGCCGCUCUGGGGUUGCCGCCGCCGCCGUCCCUGCCGUUGCCGCCUCCCUGCCGGCGAGUGUGGGAAGGAGGAGCUGAGGGCCGCCGCCGCCGUUGCCGCCAUGGGGAGGAAGUCAAGCAAAGCAAAGGAGAAGAAGCAGAAGCGGUUGGAGGAGCGAGCUGCCAUGGAUGCUGUCUGUGCCAAAGUGGAUGCUGCCAACAGGCUUGGAGACCCUCUAGAGGCUUUCCCUGUGUUCAAGAAAUAUGAUCGAAAUGGGUUAAACGUCUCCAUCGAGUGUAAGCGAGUGUCUGGACUGGAGCCAGCCACCGUGGCCUGGGCCUUCGACUUGACCAAAACCAACAUGCAGACCAUGUACGAGCAAAGUGAGUGGGGCUGGAAGGACCGAGAGAAACGAGAGGAAAUGACGGAUGACCGAGCCUGGUACCUCAUUGCUUGGGAAAGCAGUUCGGUCCCUGUUGCCUUUUCUCACUUCCGGUUUGACGUGGAGUGCGGGGAUGAAGUCCUAUACUGCUAUGAGGUGCAGUUGGAAAGCAAGGUGCGGCGGAAAGGUCUGGGGAAGUUCCUCAUACAGAUUCUGCAGCUCAUGGCCAAUAGCACACAGAUGAAGAAGGUUAUGUUAACUGUAUUUAAGCACAAUCAUGGCGCCUACCAGUUCUUCAGAGAAGCACUGCAAUUUGAAAUCGAUGACUCUUCCCCCAGCAUGUCUGGUUGCUGUGGAGAGGAUUGCUCCUACGAGAUCCUGAGCCGGAGGACCAAGUUUGGGGACAGCCAGCACUCCCAUGCGGGUGGGCACUGUGGUGGCUGCUGCCACUGAGCUCCCAAGCUAGAAUGCUCUCUUCCAAGGUCUGUCCUCUCCCUGAGCUCACACCGCUGGCCAAGUGCCCUCAGAGCUGUGGCCUCCUCAGCCCUGCGUGUGCCAGGCUACAGCCUGAGAGCACAGAACCCCUGGGGUAGAGCAGUCCGAGCUGCCUGUCCUCUCUCCUAGAAGAACAGAGUGCUCUGAAGGAGCAGAGAGGAGAGGGUGCUAAGGGAAGAGCUGGCGGAGCCCGGGCAUGACAUGGACCCUCUCACAGCAACUGCCUUCUCGCUUGGCCCUUGUGCCCUUGUGCCCUUGUGCCCUUGAGCAUGAGGUUCCCUGACUUCUCUGCAGAUGGAUUCCUGACAAGCCUUCCCCCUCCCCCCCGCCACACACACACUUGGACAAAUGGAGUGUUUAUAGCUACCUUUAUAAAAUCCUGGAACCAUGGGUCAGGGUCUGGCUGGUCCCCAAUGAGGAAUGGACUGAGUGCAAGAUCUGGACAUAGAGAUAGGCUUCAGAGAGAAUCCUGUUUCAUAGACAAAUGCUCUGAUGGAGACUGCGGGAAGGUCUUUCGUGCCACUACACUGGGAAGCAAGAGAGCUCUUUCUAGCUGUGCUUUGAUGGGCCCACGGGUAGUGUGGAGGCAUCCCAGGGGACCAGCCCGUUGGGAGGAAGGCUCCGUACCUCUCUGCAUUGUUGUUGAGAGGAUGAGAGGACCAGGAACAAGGUGUGGACAGGGGCCCCCUGGGAAGAGAGUUGCUUCUCUGGGCUUUUGUACUUUGCUGCAUUCUAGCAUAACCUCUUGAUCUCCUGGCAGCAACUCACCUCGAGCUUUCCAUUCACGGAAACGAGCCAGAGGUCCUGCCAGUUGUUCUCCACCGCCCCUCACCACUUCUCCCCUAACUCACCCUCACCUGAUACCUCUGUUCUCACUCUCAAGGGGAAGAAUUACAUUAGGGAGCCCCUGAUCUUCCCCCAGAAGGACCCCUUGUUCCUGGCAUCUUCAGUGCUGUUGCCUCUCAUAUCUUGGUGCUGAUCGCUCUCUGCAGGUAGAGCCUCCCUCCCUUUUCAGAGAGCCCCCAGCCAGCAGCAGGCCCUACUGCCUGCACUCCCCAGCCUUGACCCUUGCUGCCUCAGUGAGGCCUUGGUGCCACUGCCCUGGCUGACAGCUCUGGCUGCGGCAGGAAUGCCUCUCAGUGGCCCAAACUGCUGCUUUUCUCUCUCUCCACUGUCACCCUGUGGCAGCGGACUGGAGCUGGGGGAGAAGGCCUUCCUCUUCUCUCACAAGAUAGAGAGGCUGUGGUCAGAGCUUAUAUUUGCUCUGAUCUCUGGGCUUUGGGCCCCUUCCAGGGACGAAUAUGACCAAAUCCUCAUCCAGGAAAAAGCACCUGCCGCCUCCCUUGGGCAUCCUUGAACUCUGCUUCAGGAAGUGUCUUCAAGGUUCUAGCCUUUGUGAAGUUGCUCUCUUGGAGGUCUGUCUGUCCUGACCUCAGAGGCUGCUCACCCCCACCCUCUACCCUGACUCAGGUGGUCUCUGCUGGCGGGUCUCUUCUCUCCUUUCCUGCUGGUGCAGGGGCCUGUGCACAUGGCCUCCUUCAGCUAGCCUGGCCCUCCUCGGAGUGCUUUGUGGCUCCUGACCCCGCCAGCAGUGGAUGUGGCACUCCCUUGGAGAGGGCCUUGCAGCUUUACACUGGAGUAAGCCCAUCUCUGCCUCUACCUCCUGGCUCCCAGGGGAUUCUCUGGGGGAGUGGGAGGGAACAUUGGUGGGCUCCUUCUAAGAAUCAUGGAAUGACAGAAGCAUGCUUAGGAAUUUUUUCCUCUGAUCCCUGUCUGUCGACACAGAACAGAUAUUUAUUGUCUCAUCGUGGAUUUCUGAUACCUCCCACUCAAGGGGAUCAAAAGGAACCCCACUGUAAAUUCCUCAUAAGGUGAGUUUGGUGUAUGUUGUCUCUUUCCACUCAUUGAACACCUGCCACUGAAGCCCACUGGUAGAUGAGGUGCUCGGUGCUGCACCCUGCUCUUGUGGCCCCUGCCGCCGCCGUCUCCUGGAGGGCUGCUCGGGGCCAGGGCUGGGGUAAGAGAGGCGCCACCUAGGACUAGCAGGUUCCUCUCUUUCGGUGUUGAGCCCAUUCACUUCUCAAACAUGAGUCUCUCCUUCCCCAGGUCUUGGUUUUGAGAAACAGCAGGUCUUUUGUUCCCAGCUUUUUUGUGUUUGUUUGGGGCAUGUUAAAAUAUUUUAAGAUUUUUUUUAAUUGUAUCCACCCUAUUUCAGGUUAGUUUUGUUGAUGUCAGAUGUGUAUAUGACAUGUAUAUGGUUGUUUUUAACCCUUUCUGGGUUUUUUUUAGAGGAAACAAGAUAAACUCCUUGAUACUUUUUUUUUUUUCUUUAGCAACUUGUUAUCACUGGAAUCAAAGGGAAAAGUGAUCUCUUUUUGCAUUGGUUGUAUUUGUAUGUCACAAAUAAAAGACACUUUGUUCAGCUGC